GUAAAGGGUACCAGAAAAUGUACAGACGUUGUUAAACCGGAAAAGAAGAAUAAAUUAAUUUUUGUCCAUGUGCUUACUAUAGAUACGAUGCUUUGUUCUGGUGGAACAGCUUAUAUGUGGGUCUAGAAAAAUGUUAUUGUCCUUAAUAUUGUGAGUGAGAAGUAAUUGCAUCCCGUUAGAAAAUUGCAAAAGCUUUCAGCUCUGGAUAAAUCCAUACAGAUGUCAAUAGUGUACCAAGAGUGAUAAAACAAUGGCAUAAUUAGUUUAUUAAAGUAAUUAUUACAUUUUGCUUAAAUGACAUUUUAGAUCACCUACUUCAUAUCUGCUGCAAUGUUGCAAUCUUGUCCAAACUUUGGUAUUUAGUAAGUAUUUCAACUGGCAUAUAGAAAUAUUAAAAUGGGGCAUUUACAGUCGUUCCAACCAGUGUUACUACCAAAAUUUUGCCCAGUGACAAUCCUGUUGAUGUUGAAUUAUCCAUGUCAUGUAUAAUUGCAGAGUGUGUGUGUCCAAUAUUAUCAGUGGUAGUUCGGUAUCAGUGUACUUUUGCGACUAUGGAGAUUUGUCAAUUCUGCCACUAGAUAAGCUGCAGCCCUUAACCAGCCAGUUCAAAGAGCUGCCCUACCAAGCCAUCAAAGCGAAGCUCGCAGGCAUCCAACCUAAACAUAGUGAUUGGUCUAUUGAAGACUGCGACAUGUUUCAAGAACUUGUAGUGGAGCGUGAAUUUGUAUCUGUCAUAAUGGAAACGAGCCCAGAUCUUUUGAAUCCAACCGAUAUGGUCAUAGGAUUAAAACUCAUUGAUACAUCAGGGAAAGAUGAUAUUUGCAUAGAUGAGUUGCUAAUCAGUCAAGACAGAGCUAUUAGGACCAUGUGAUAAUUUUAUAUCAUGCCAAAUUAUGUAUCCUAAUCCUUCUUAAUUAUGCCAUCUGUGCUUUGCCAGAGGGGUAGUAUUUUCGCCUUAGGACUCCAUAUAUACCGAAAGAUGGUUUAAUUAAUAUUAGUGCUGUGUAUUAAUGUGUUAUGAAAUCAAAAGUAAGUCUGUUAACUUUGUUUGCAUAGAGGAGUGUUUUGUAUGUUUGAUCUGACUUAGUUAUAGAUGUUAAAUAGCAUUACCAUGUUCCUGAAGUUUGAAGUGUACUUCAGGAUGAAGUAUGGCAUUGUACCUGCUGAAAGUUAUUUUUCUUCUUUUAAAAGAAGAGAGAAAGAUAUGUGAAUUUAACUCUGUAAAUGUAUGGAUUAUCUGAUAUGUGGAGUAGUUAGGUUCGAAGCAUAAAUUUCUGCCAAAGUUUGUCACAGUUGUAAGAUUUGAGGUUCUCACAGUGGUGAGUAUGAAGAUUUCUGUCUUCUGGGUUGUUGCGCUGUGUAGUCCGUCAUCAGGGCGAUGAAUCGCCCUGAUGACGGAGACAGUACAACCUCUGAAACGUUGGUAAACAUCUACCGGACUACACGGCGCAACAACCCAGAAGACAGAAAUCUUCAUUUGUCACAGUUGAAAAUUCCAGCUUCUUCUCAUACUCGGUGUAUGCCGAAUGCAUCAACAGCUGCUGUUCCAGUAAGUAUGUCAACUCACAAUCGUUUGGUCUCUAGUUAUUUUAAAAUAACUUUCUAAUUUAUUUGUUGUUACAACUUGUUAUUUAUGUUGAGAAAUACGUGUGUAUGUAAGAUAAUGAACUUAAGUUGUAUUUUGGUAAGUAGCGAGAUAAUUUGUUUUAAAAUAAGUCACAUAUUAAAAAUCUAAAUAUUUACAAACUGUACUGGAACAAAAUACUAUGAGCUAAUUUGUUUUAUUAUUUACAUAUCUUACAACACAAUUAUACAGUUUUUUUCCCCCCCAGAAUAAAGCUUUUUUAAAUAUUGAUCUGAAUCUAAUUGGUUUUGUUGUUGAUAUAGGCUUUCAGUAAUGAAUAAUUAUGUAAUGUAGUAAUCUAUUUCAUUCAUAGAUUUCCACUAUCUAGAUGGUGUUUGCUGUAACGUCAAAAUUUUACCCUGUCACUAAGUACAUAAUUUAACUUUCAUUGAGAAUUUGGCCUUUUAUCUGUCACCACAUUCCUAGCUGCAGUGUCUCUUUAGGUAUCACUACUGUGAUGUGUAACACUAAAUGUAGUUUUUGCGUGAUUUCCGUCUCAUUAUUUUGCAUUCCACAAAAAAUUACAUAAGGUGUUGGGAUACGUAUUAUUGGUGAUCUGUCAUGAUUCAGGAUUUUGGGGUCUUUGUUGCAACUGCCCCAAGAAUUCACAAUCGGUGUUAAUGAUGGCAGGAGAUUAAAAGUAUAAAAGUGGAAUGGGUUACACUUUAUACCAAGUUUAAUAAAAAUUAGUUCAGGCAUUAUUGGUAGACACACAUGGCCAUGAAAUUGUGUGGUGAGAUUUCAGGUUCUCACAACAAUGUAUAUAAAUGACUUAUGUGGGAUGUUGUGGGCUGUAGUUUUAUUAAUAGAUUAUUACUAAGAAAGUGAAAUGUGGGUAGGUGAUUCUGAAUGUGUGCGUGCAUGUGCGCUCGUGCGUACGCUCCUACAUACGUAUGUACAAGUAUAUUUAUAUGUAUUUUGAACAAAAGAAUUUGACCUUUGAAGUAUGGGGAAAGGAAAUGCCAUGUUUUAAAAAUGGUGAAAAAGCUACUAAUAUGUCUGCACCUUGAUCAUAUUUUUUUUUAAUUUGAAGUUGUUUUCAGUAUAUUCUUUUUAUUUUAGUGAAAAGUAAAAUGAAUACAAUUUAAACUAAGUUUAUUAUUAUUAUUUUAAUGUAUAUUAUUCUGUUGUUUUUAUUACUACAUUUCCAGUUCUAUUUAUUUAAUGUUUUGUGUUAUGUGAUUGUGUUACAUACGUACUGUCACGUGUUGCAAAAAAGAUUCCCAAUUGUGUUUAUUUCUGAAUAUAUGUAAUCUAAAACUGCCUUUGCCCUGAGACCAACCGAGUGUCGGACAGAGAUGAAAUAUACAGGUGAAGGAACCAAGUCACGUUUAGGCAUUUGUCAAGCUUGUGGAUAUUCCGUUACCUUCAUAUACUGCCAUGGUUACAGUUUAUAAGGAUGCAUAUGCAAAAGUUUAGUUUUGGUUAUUAGUGUGUUACUGGGCCUCAAAACAGGUCUCCAAACAAAGGAGUGGAUCUGUUUAACCCUUGUCAUAUGAGAAUAUGGGAUUUAAAUCCCUGUACUAUGGGACUGCUGGACAUUUACUCCAAGGGUAACAAUUUAAUGAUACGUUAGUGUGACGCACGGCCAGCUGGUACACAGUAAGUAAAGGUUAAAUAAAUAGGCUCUACUUUACUUCAUUCAGUCUUUGUCUUCAGUUUCUGAAAGAUAAGUCCAUUUUUUGUUUAUAUACAAGGCAUUCAGCAAAACAUUUUCGAUGCACAGUAUAUUUGUAAUUUUUUAGGGUACUCAUGUUCUUAAGUUGCAUCUUAAUGUUAUUGUACCAGCUCUUCAGUUUUCGCAAUAGAUUUCUCUACAAAAAUUUUGUAUGCAUUACUUAUCUGCCAGUUAUCCUGUUCAUGUGCUAAUCCCACCGUAGUUUUCUGUAUAAAUUUAUCCUAACAGUACUAGACCUAUAAAAGGGGAAAACUUUCUCGUGUAAGAUUAUGUAUUUUUCGCUUUAUCAUACUUUGAUCUAAUUAUUUUUGACAUAUACCAAAGAGCCGGAAAAAUUGUUUGGAACAGAUGAGGUGAUAACAGCUAUUGAAAGAGUUAAUAUCUUCUAUUACAGUUCCAAAUGUUGACAGUGAAGUAAAGAGAGUACAGAAUUUAAGAACUUUUUUUAGUUUUUGCUUUGUGCUCAUGGGUUAAGAAGAGAAUUCAUUUUUCAGCUUGAUAAGUCUUUGCAAUUUUUUAUUUUUGCAUGUGGAUGAAUCAAGUGUUAUUUGUUUGAGUUCUGUAAUUGAUAUAACUAUGGUCAUAUGAAAGAAGGAAUUAUUAGAGCAAUAUUUUUA